AUGUCGAUGUGGUUAGUGAUUGCCUGUUUCGUCCUGCCUGCGGCCGUCUUCUCUCUGUGCGGCUUCAUCGCCUGGUUGCGGAUGUGGCAGUUGGGGCGACGACGAGAGAAGAAAGUGUUCCAGCAACUGGAAGAGCAUGUUCGGCAGCGAUAUGAGUAAGUUCAAGCGGCUUGUCUUGUUAUUCGGACCGUUUUAGAUUACGAGUAGAGUACGUGUAGAUGCUUUAUCUUCUUGCUUUAUUGUGGAAAUGUAAGCGUGUGAGAGUGCGGAGAAGUGUUUUUUGUUACAGAAGAGUGGAUUUUUAUAGGUGUACAACGAAUUCACAUAAGAUAGAUGUCUAUUUUCAGUCUGUCGGGAAAAUAAUGUGGAUUUGUCGCGUUUUGGACUUGCCCAUCAUCGCUUGCAACGGCUAGCCCACGACUGAAUUUUAGUUAUUGCGACGAGGCUAGAUAUUUUGUUGCAACAAAUCCACAUUAUUUUCCCAUCUGACAUAAAUUUAGAUGCGAGAUUCCUAGCUUGCGCUUUCCAGAAACUUUAAGUUUCCAAAAAUUGGCACUUUUUUUGAAUUUUGGCUUCAAAAAUUUCAUGCCUGUUUUAAUGUAAAGGGCAAUAUUCCCAUAAAAAAUCGUUUUUUUCAUGCGAAACUGGCAAAGACAUGGCAAAAAAAGCGUUUUUCUGUCUGACCGCAUUCUGCGUUUCGCCUACUCUUUCGAUCGCCAAAGAUCAGUAUCUCGGCUGCGUUUGCAAAGCGUGAACUAAAACUUUCAGGAAUUGAUACGUGGUUAACGAUCAACAUGUGUGCCAAGUUAAAAAAAUCUCUGAGUGGCAUUCCCCUUGUUAGGUAACAAAAUGAACCUCCCUACUGCAAAGCCGCACUAAAAGCGAGUAAUUUUUUGGUGCAGUUCAAUAUGUGAUUGUCUUACAUUCGAGACACAAAACUUGCCGUAAUAGAAACUAUCAAGGGACAUUGCGUAUUUUACAAAGAGUAUUCUAUAAUUCUUUCAGAGCCUGCCGUCACGGUCGUCUUUCCGCCCAUGGAACGUUGCGAACCGGCUCCACACAGGUCGAUCUUCCAUUAAAGUCCGAGAAACAAGUUCUUUUCGUUUGA